CACUCGGUAACAUGUAGAUAGCAGCACAGAACUGUACGUCAAUAAUAACGAAAAUCGUAAAUCUGUUUAGUUUUACAAGUAAAAACCAAUAUUUUUAUGAUUUAUAUAUGCACUGUAGUAUAGAAAAGUUGGUACUCGACCUCUAUUUUGUCUUACCCUUCACGCGACGAGGGAAAUGAUUUAAUUUGUUCCACUUUCAUACAAGAAAUCGGUGAGUGGUAAAUGUUAAAAGUAGCUGAACUGGUUUUAUGAGGAUAAGCCAUAAUCUGCAAGUUCAACAAUGGCAGACGAGCAGCAAUUCUGUCUACGCUGGAAUAACUUCCAGAUGAACAUAACAUCCCAGUUUGAGGCAUUACGUGAUGAAGAAGACUUUGUGGAUGUGACAUUGGCUUGUGAGGGACAGCGUCUAAAAGCGCAUAAAGUUGUAUUAUCAGCUUGUAGUCCUUACUUCAAGGAACUUUUCAAGAGUAAUCCUUGCAAACAUCCUAUACUGUUCAUGCGUGAUGUGGAAUUCAGACAUUUGAAGUCUCUGGUAGAGUUCAUGUAUGCUGGAGAGGUCAAUGUUGCACAGGCACAGUUAUCAGCGUUUCUUAGAACUGCAGAAUCACUACAAAUACGUGGACUCACAGAAGCACCACAGAGGCAUUCAAGGUUUGAUGGAGCAACAUCAGAUACUGGACACAGCCGGCGUGGUACACGCAGUGGCAUUCCGACGUCACCUAUAGCAGGAGCUCCAGAAGAAGAUGAUAUCCUGAGCCUAAGCCCUCCUGCCUCCCCAUCUCCUCCUGCCAAACGCCCAUGUACAGCACCAGAUCCAGCAAAUAUCAAGAGAGAAGCUCCAGAUAUUGUUGAGCCAAAACUGGAAGUCCCCGACUAUAGCAGUGAUGGAGAAAGCAGAACAGAAAGUGGAAAUGGAGCUCAUUAUGGUGGAAUAGAAAAUCCUCUUGAUGCGAAAUCAGCAUAUGCAACUGGAGGACUACAAGGUGGAAUGGAGAUGAUUCCUGGAACAUCCGCUGCACACAAUUUCCUCUCAGACGUGUCAACACUGCCACAGGAGCCAGCUUCACAAGGAAACCGUGUGGGCUGGUGUCCACCAACACUGCUGCGGCAUGCCAUGUCUUCCUGGUCCAGGGACCACUCUGCCCGAUACUUUGGAACUACUCCUAAUUUUGUUGGCGAUGAACAAGACUCAAAGGAGAUGGUGCCUUUGGCUGCUGGUGUCCUGGUACCUGCUUCUCUGCUGCAACGAGUUAAUCGAGCUGACUAUCGGAAACUCACCCGCGGUCUUGCAUCAGCUCUUUUCUCACCCCUUGAACUAGGAUCAAGUUCAGUGACUGGUCAGCGGUGGACUCGAGCAGGUUAUUGCUCAGGCCGACCAACGAAACCUGCUCUGGAUCGGCGUCGUGUGGAAGCCAUUCUCGCAUAUGUUGGUACACAUUUUCCCACCAUCGAGCGCAGCAAAGUGAAGCAGGUACUGGCAUACAAGUGUAAAGAAAGUGCUGCAGCGCUGAGGGUACGUGGAUCUAAACUCCUUGGACUCAAUGAACUUCAAGACCAGUAGCAUCUGUCUGCACUCAAACCUGGAUACUCUGAUAACAUUUAUAGUCUAUAAACAAUAGCAUGCCUUUGUAACAGCUGUCAUUAAUCACAA